AGGAACUGUUACGAGGAGCUUCUGUAGAGAGGCUGGAUUCGUCGCUUCAUUCAAUAAGGCGUGCAUAGAGUUCGUCAAUCGCAAUGCUGCAACGGGCUCGUCAACGACAGAGUCGCCAGAAUUGCUAGCCAAGCACGCAGAUGCACUACUUCGAAAAAUAACAAGAUGACCAAGUCGGACCUUGGAGUUGCUUUGAACUACGUAGUUGCGCUUUUCAAGUACAUCGAGGAUAAGGACGUAUUCCAGACGUUCUAUGCUGUGGCAUUCUCUAAGCGCCUCUUUCUCGAUGUAUCUACAUCGACCGAGAGUGAGGCGAGCAUGAUUUCGAAGCUGAAGGAGGUCUGUGGACUCAAGUAUAUCAACAAGUUACAGAGAAUGUUCACAGAUAUCAGUCUCAGUAAAGAUCUUACUGAUGAGUUCAAUGAGCGCAUGCAGAUUUAUGAUGACAUGAACAUCAACUUUUCGAUCAUGGUUCUUGGUACGAACUUCUGGCCUCUCAGUGCCACAAGCAGUUUCAUCAUUCCUCCAGAAAUCUUUCGUCCGUAUGACCGCUUCUCCAAGUUAUCACUGGAUGAGCUGAUGACCGCGACGGGUAUCAGCAAGGACAUUUUACUGCAGGUGCUUGCGCUCCUGGUGACGGCCAAGAUAUUGCUAAACGAGGACGUCGGUCAAUACAAUUUGAACCUGAACUUCAAGUCAAAGAAACUCCGUGUCCUCCUGAACCAGCCUAUCGAGACUGAGGUAAAGGCUGAGAGCUCGGAGCUGCUUAAAAUUGUUGAGGAAGACCGGCAAUAUGUGAUUCAGGCUAUCAUUGUUCGAAUAAUGAAGGAGCGCAAACAGAUGGGCAUCCAACCCUUGAUUAAGGAGGUGGUUUCUCAUAUUUCAAAACAAUUCGCCCCUAAAAUCCCUGACAUCAAGAAGGUGAUUAAUACACUUUUGGAGGACGAAUACAUCGAGCGCAUAGACGGCGCCACAGAUACAUUUGCAUAUGUAUAG